AUGUCUCAGCAGGGGGUUGUCUAUUUGGACGGCUUCAAGCUGUCGCUUCAAGAGCUCGGCCUGACCCGUGAAACCUUGAACAAUCACGUCAAUGGUCGUAUCAUCCCCUUCAUGCUUGAUGACGAGAUGAGAGACCUCUAUCGACGGGCCAACGAUGACCCCGAGUCUCUCUCGCCGGCCGAGAAAAACCGCGUCUUUGGCAGAAUUCCACCCGAAGAUGAGGAACGACUUUGCCCGGAACGCCUUGGUUGUACAAAGGAGCAACUCUACGAAAAGGCUCUGACCCAAGCCGAAGACCUGAGCAUGCUGGAGUGCGACAUGAUCAUCCGUGGCUGCGACUAUGACUGGAGAAAUAUCUCAAACAAGGCAACCGACCUUGAGAGGAUCAUGAAACUGUCGGCAGAGGACCGUGAUCUUGUUCUCAAGGGCCGUGAGGCUAUCAAAGGACCAGCAAUCUUGCGAGCCGCCGAAAAGCGAAAGGUGUACACUAAAGUAAGGGCCGCAGAGGCACGUCGAAAGAGCGAACAACUCAAGAUUGCCAGGCAGGGUCAUCGUGCUGCGUGGGUGCAAGCCAUGGUGGACAGGGAUCUGCCGCGAUGGGGCUUUGUUGUGAUGCGUACUGAAUACAGUGAUCCCCGCAGCGAUGAGGCCUGGAAAAGGUUCCAGGAGCGCUAUGACACUGUGGGCAAACUGAUCAUGCAGAGCUGGAGUGGUCGCCCGCCAAAGGCCGAACUUUGGUUGACACUUGAGACUGUCUUUGUAUCUGACGCUGCCUUGGACGGGGCAUCGGCAGAUGCGCUCAGAGAGAGAUUCAAGAGCAUGCGAGAGGGUCUUCCAGAGGGGAUACGACGGGACUGUUUUCUGGUUCAGGACAAGCUCCUGGCCGAGACGGAGUGGCUUACGGUUCGCGCGGUGAACCCCGACUUCGACCCAGAGGCGCCCCUUGGCACUAUGGAGGCCAGCUACGACUCUCAAGAGACCUCAAUCACGGCGCAGGAUCUGGAGGGGUUUUCCGGGGAGAUUCAGCUGCCGCUGUCCAAGGCUUUUGACUGGCUUCACUAUUCCCUGCUGACGGACUCUGAAACGUGGGAGAGGCGGUACAAGCAGACGACGCAGAAGCAGCCCAGGACUCUCGUGUCGUAUUGGCCGUACCCGGAGUAUUGA